GCGCAGGAAGCGUUAAAAUGGAGGACACGGGAGUAGUCGGCUGCGCAGCAAUGAAAUUCCAUGGAAUUAUAGUUGGUAGUACUCUACAAUGUCUCUGUUUGAAAGGCAAGGUGGAGAACAAGAGAGAUAUCUGCAAGCUAACAACAGAAAACUCAACACUAUGUUUGGAUAUCCUAACAAUACCAUCAAGACCUCAAGAUAUAAUGUCUUUAACUUCUUGCCCCUAAACCUAUUUGAACAAUUCCAGAGACUUGCAAAUGCAUAUUUCCUCGUUUUGCUGUUCCUACAGUUGAUUCCCCAGAUCUCCUCCUUGGCAUGGUACACAACUGUGAUCCCCCUGAUGGUGGUGCUGUCCAUAACAGCAGUGAAGGAUGCCAUCGAUGACAUGGAAAGGCACCAAAAUGACAAUCAAGUCAACAACCGUUCUGUAAUGGUGCUGAUGAAUGGCAGGAUAAAGGAGGACAAAUGGAUGAAUAUUCAAGUUGGAGAUAUACUAAAACUAAGAAAUAAUCAGCCUGUCACAGCUGAUAUACUAUUACUCUCUAGCAGUGAGCCUUACAGUCUGACCUAUAUAGAAACAGCAGAACUGGAUGGUGAAACCAACCUGAAAGUGAAGCACGCCCUCCCAGUCACCAGUAACUUGGAAGAUAACCUGGAGCUGCUGUCUGCCUUUGAUGGAAAAGUGACGUGUGAGUCUCCCAAUAACAAGUUGGACAAAUUCACGGGAAUACUGACUUAUAAGGGAAAAAACUACAUCCUGGACCAUGAAAAGCUGCUACUCCGAGGCUGCAUCAUCAGAAAUACGGAUUGGUGCUUUGGCCUGGUGAUUUAUACUGGACCAGACACCAAAUUAAUGCAGAACUGUGGAAAGACUACAUUUAAACGGACACACUUGGACCAUCUCUUGAAUAUCCUUGUGGUCUGGAUUUUCCUGUUUUUAGGCGGCAUGUGCUUUAUCCUAGCAAUUGGGCACGGUAUUUGGGAAAACAAGAAAGGCUACUACUUCCAGAAUUAUCUGCCAUGGAAAGAAUAUGUCCCUUCAUCAGCUGUCUCUGCCAUCCCUAUAUUCUGGUCCUACUUUAUUAUUCUCAACACUAUGGUGCCCAUUUCCCUUUAUGUCAGUGUUGAGAUAAUAAGAUUGGGCAACAGUUGCUAUAUCAACUGGGAUCGGAAGAUGUUUUAUGCACCACAUAACUCACCAGCACAUGCUCGCACCACCACCCUUAACGAGGAGCUUGGCCAGGUCAAAUAUGUGUUCUCUGACAAAACAGGAACCCUGACUCAGAACAUCAUGGUUUUUAAUAAGUGUUCUAUUAAUGGGAUAGUCUAUGGUCGUGUCUAUGACAAAAAGGGAAUGAAGGUGGAAGUCCCUGAGGAAACAGAAAAGGUCGACUUUUCCUAUAACAAACUGGCUGAUCCUAAGUUUUCAUUUUAUGACGAGACUUUGGUGGAAGCAGUGAAAAAGGGAGACCACUGGGUGCACUUGUUUUUUCUCUCACUCUCAUUGUGUCAUACCGUGAUGUCAGAAGAGAAAGUGGAAGGUAACCUGGUGUACCAGGCUCAGUCCCCAGAUGAAGGUGCUCUUGUCACUGCUGCCAGGAACUUUGGUUUUGUGUUUCAUUACCGCACAUCUGAGACAAUCGCAGUAGUUGAAAUGGGUGAGACCAAAGUCUACCAAUUGCUGGCUAUUUUGGACUUCAGCAAUGUACGCAAGAGGAUGUCUGUUAUUGUGAGGACACCAGAAAAUCGAGUAAUGUUGUUUUGCAAGGGUGCAGACACCAUCCUCUGUCAGCUGCUCCAUCCAUCCUGUAUAUCCCUCAGAGAUGUGACCAUGGAACAUUUAGAUGAUUUUGCCAUUGAAGGCCUCCGUACCCUGAUGGUGGCCUACCGAGAACUGGAUAACUCAUUCUUUCAGGCCUGGAGCAAGAAGCACAAUGAAGCCUGCCUGUCUUUGGAGAAUCGGGAAGAUAAAAUAUCAAAUGUCUAUGAAGAGAUUGAAAAAGAUUUGAUGCUGUUAGGGGCCACAGCCAUUGAAGACAAGCUGCAGGAUGGAGUACCUGAGACAGUCGCCACCCUGAACAAAGCCCAAAUUAAAAUGUGGAUCUUAACUGGAGAUAAGCAAGAGACUGCUAUGAACAUUGCCUAUGCCUGUAACAUAUUUGAGGAAGAAAUGGAUGGGAUAUUUAUCGUGGAAGGCAAGAAUGAUGAGGUUGUUCUGCAAGAACUCAGGUCCGCAAGGGACAAGAUGAAACCUGAGUCUCUCCUGGAAUCAGACCCAAUAAACAUUUACCUUACCACAAAGCCCCAAAUGCUCAGAAUACCUGAGGAGGUGCCCAAUGGCAACUAUGGCUUGAUCAUCAAUGGCUACAGUCUGGCCUAUGCUCUGGAAGGGAACCUGGAGUUGGAGCUGCUGCGAACGGCGUGCAUGUGCAAGGGGGUUAUCUGGUGCCGGAUGACACCCCUUCAGAAGGCCCAGGUGGUAGAGCUGGUGAAGAGGUACAAGAAGGUGGUGACACUGGCCAUCGGGGAUGGGGCCAAUGACGUCAGCAUGAUCAAAGCUGCCCACAUUGGGGUCGGCAUCCACGGUCAAGAGGGAACGCAGGCCAUGCUCAACAGCGACUAUGCCUUCUCCCAGUUUCGCUAUCUUCAGCGUCUACUCUUGGUCCAUGGCCGCUGGUCCUAUAAUCGCAUGUGCAAGUUCCUCAGCUACUUCUUUUACAAAAAUUUUGCUUUCACCCUGGUGCACUUCUGGUAUGCCUUCUUCAAUGGGUUCUCUGCACAGACUGUUUAUGAUACCUGGUUUAUCACUUUCUACAACCUUGUCUACACCUCCCUCCCUGUCCUGGGCUUGAGUCUGUUUGACCAGGACGUGAAUGAAACAUGGAGUCUACACUUCCCAGAGCUGUAUAAGCCAGGCCAGCACAACCUCUAUUUCAACAAGAAGGAAUUUGUGAAGUGUUUAGUGCAUGGAAUCUACAGUUCCUUCGUACUGUUCUUUAUCCCUAUGGGGACCAUUUACAACUCAGUGCGCAUUGAUGGGAAAGACAUCUCUGACUACCAGUCCUUCUCCCUGAUAGUGCAGACCUCCUUGCUCUUCGUGGUCACAAUGCAGAUUGCCCUGGAGACAACCUACUGGACGAUGAUAAACCACAUCUUCACCUGGGGUAGCCUGAUUUUCUACUUUUGCAUCUUAUUCUUCCUGUACAGUGAUGACUUGUGCUUAAUGUUCCCCAGUGUCUUCCAAUACCUAGGUGUGGCCAGGAACACUCUGAUCCUGCCACAAAUGUGGCUGAGUAUUGUCCUCAGCAUGGUCCUCUGUAUUUUGCCUGUGAUUGGGUACCAAUUUCUAAAACCACUAUUCUGGCCUGUCAACGUGGACAAGAUUAUGGACAGAAUUCAUUAUUGGAUGAAUCCUCCGGUGCUACCCCCAACCCAGACCAAACUGAAACAUGCAAGCUCUCACCGACAUUCUGCCUAUGCAUUCUCCCACGUGUGGGGCUUCGGGGCUCUCAUCACUUCUGGCAAGACAUUGAAUGCUAAGAGACCAUCGGCAAAGGUGAGAAGAUCUCAGCAGAAAGAAGCAAUAGAUCUGCUGUCAAAUGGUUAGAGAUUUCUAAUUAGAUAAAAGGUUGCUUGAGAGACUGAUUGACUGCCUAUAAAGGGGCAUGAGGUAAAUUUUCUAUAUCUUGAUUUUGGAAAUAUUUACCUGAGUGUAUAUGUGUGUCAAAACUCUUCAAA